ACGCCUGGUUGCCCGCGGCAGCGCGCACACGGCAGUGUGGGGCGGGGCUGUUCUGGGGACGGGGAGGCGUUGGCGGCGGCGCGCUAAGACGAUGUUCUGGAGCUGAAGAGACGCCGGCACCAGGCGCUGCAGGCGAGCGCAGCGCCGACCAGCGGGAUGGCUCAGCCGGCCGGCCAAGCGGGCGGCGGGGAGCUGCGGGCCGAGGCUGUGGACCUCGAGGGACCCCCGGUGUCCGGGGAGGCCUCGGGUGCGGCUGGGGCCUCGCAGGAUGAGCUGAGCUUAGAGGAGAUCCUGCUGCUCUACAACCAACCGAUCAACGAAGAGCAGGCGUGGGCUGUGUGCUACCAGUGCUGUGGCUCCCUGCGCGCCGCUGUCGCCAGCAGCAGCCAGCCUCGCAACCGUGUACGCUCGGCCGCUCAGAUCCGCAUCUGGAGGGAUGGCGCCGUCACUCUGGCGCCGGUCACCGGCAACGCCGAGGAGCCGACUCCCGCUGCGGGUGUAUCAGGAUAUUCUUCACAUUGUACAGAAACAGAGGUUAUUGAAUCAUUGGGAAUUAUUAUUUAUAAAGCAUUGGACUAUGGAUUGAAGGAGAAUGAAGAAAGGGAAUUAAGUCCUCCCUUGGAGCAACUGAUUGAUCACAUGGCCAACACAGUAGAAGCAGAUGGCAGCAACGAUGAGGGUUAUGAAGCUGCAGAUGAAGGCCUAGAAGAUGAAGAGGAUGAAAAGAAAAAAAUCUCAGCUAUCCGCUCAUAUAGAGAUGUCAUGAAGUUAUGUGCUGCUCAUCUGUCAACUGAAUCAGAGGCACCAAAUCAUUAUCAGGCAGUAUGUCGUGCACUGUUUGCAGAAACAAUGGAGCUGCAUACAUUUCUAACUAAAAUUAAAAGUGCAAAGGAGAAUCUUAAGAAGAUUCAAGAAAUGGAAAAGAGCGAUGAAUCUAACACAGAUCUGGAAGAGCUGAAAAACAUUGACUGGGCUCGAUUCUGGGUACAGGUGAUGAGGGAUUUGCGAAAUGGAGUAAAACUUAAAAAGGUCCAAGAGCGGCAGUACAACCCUUUGCCCAUUGAAUAUCAGCUCACUCCAUAUGAAAUGUUGAUGGAUGACAUUCGAUCCAAAAGAUACACUUUGCGAAAAGUGAUGGUGAAUGGUGAUAUUCCUCCUCGGUUAAAAAAAAGUGCUCAUGAAAUUAUUCUGGAUUUCAUCAGAUCAAGACCUCCUUUAAAUCCAGCCUCAGCCAGAAAAUUAAAACCCACUCCACCACGGCCACGGAGCCUCCAUGAAAGAAUACUAGAAGAAAUCAAAGCAGAAAGAAAGCUACGGCCUGUCUCACCAGAAGAGAUUAGACGUAGCAGAUUAGAUGUAACUAACCCUGAAUCUCCAAAGAACAUUGUAGAAUUGUCGGUGGUGAAUGGAGGUUUAACGUCACAAAGAAAAGAAAAUGGGUUAAAUGCUGUGCAGCAGGUGCCUGUGCAGCGGAAGAAACUCCUCAAAGCUCCAACUCUGGCUGAACUGGACAGCUCUGACUCAGAGGAAGAGACUCUGCACAAAUCAGCCAGCAGCAGCAGUGUGUCUCCCUCCUUCCUUGAAGAUCCCUUACUGGAGGCUGUGUCCACAAGGAAGACACCUCCGAAAUUCUUGCCCAUAUCAUCAACACCCCAGCCAGAGAGAAGGCAGCCACCCCAGAGGCGACAUUCCAUUGAAAAGGAAACACCUACUAAUGUGAGACAGUUUCUGCCACCAUCCAAACAGAGCUCCCGAUCUCUUGAGGAAUUCUGUUAUCCAGUGGAAUGCCUAGCUCUUACUGUGGAGGAAGUGAUGCAUAUUCGUCAGGUCCUGGUGAAGGCAGAGCUGGAAAAAUACCAACAAUAUAAAGAUGUCUACACUGCCCUGAAAAAAGGAAAGCUUUGCUUUUGUUGCCGAACCAGGAGAUUUUCCUUCUUCACCUGGUCUUACACCUGUCAGUUCUGUAAGAGGCCCGUGUGCUCACAGUGUUGCAAAAAGAUGCGGCUGCCAUCCAAGCCAUACUCCACUCUUCCUAUCUUUUCAUUGGGACCCACUGCCUUGCAAAGAGGGGAAAGUUCUACGAGGCCAGAAAAACCCUCCACUAGCCACCAUCGGCCACUUCGGAGCAUUGCCAGGUUCUCCUCAAAAUCUAAGUCUCUGGAAAAUCAGAUGAAGAAACUACAAUUCCCCAAAGAGUUAAUGGAGGACUGGAGUACCAUGGAGGUGUGUAUAGACUGCAAAAAGUUUAUUUCAGAAAUCAUCAGCUCAAGCCGGAGUAGCCUGGUACUGGCCAACAAAAGAGCCCUUAAAAGGAUAACACAGUCGUUCUAUAUGUCCUCACCAGGCCCCUCGGAAUACUCUUCAGAGAGGACUAUCAAGAAACUCUGACCCCUGUGCCCUUUCAAUCGCUCUUUGUGUUCAGAGUCAGCAUUAGCAAGGAGGAACACUCGGCUUGACUGUACUCUCCUUGCUGCGGCUUUAGUUAAUAUGGCUUGAUUUGCAUAGAGUAGGUUUUUGCUUGCAUCAAAUUGUUCCACAGACUGAAUGCUGUGUUCAUAUCGAUUGAUGAUAUGUGACAGGUCAGCCGAUUUGCUCAUUUGCACUGAGAGGAUAAUAGUUUGAACCUUGCCCUUUAUGUGUGUGUAUAUUUGGAGUCCCGAAGCUUUUCUCCUAGUUCAAUUCCUUACUGUUCCUCAAAUAAUUUUCCAACUAGGCAAAAAGCUUCUCAUAUGAGAAAUCAGCCUACAAAGGUGUCGAUUGUUAGACACAGUUCUAAGCAGUAAGUCAUAUUGGCAUGCCACCUGACAGUGUUCCUAUCUAAUGUACCUAGUGAUCUGGAACUCUGCCUCACACCAGAUACCUGGGGGUGGGGGGGUUGAGCUAUUUUCAUCUCACAGCACAAAACCUAGAAGGAUUUGCUCAUAGUAUCAAACUGAUUUUUAAAUUGUUGCUCUGAGAUAAAGACUAUGGGAGGGACUUUAUGCCUCCAUUUAGUGCAAAACAUCUGAAUAAGCUGUACACCCAACUGGGUGACCAUUUCCUCUGAGCUGCUGUGUUUGCCCUGGUGCAGUGGAUCAGUAUCUCCUGAGUGGGUGACAGAUUCUCAUUCCCUAUCUUGCAUGUAUUAUGGUUACUUGUAGUUUUAUAAUGGAGGUCUAAGAAUUAAAAGUCUUGUGGGAAUUUCCAGACCAAGGAAGACUAACCCUUUGUCAAUAGGUUGAAUGUGUUUCAGUUAACUAGUUAAAGGGUCUUAACAGAAGAAGGGCCAGCUGCUGCCGACAUUGUGGUGCAUGAGCUGGAGCCUUUAUAUUUUCAGCCACAUUUUUCAUAACUUUAGAGUCUAGCCAUCAUGACUACAUCGAGCCACAAUUUGGUAGGUAUGGUCUCAAACUAAAAUAUAUUUUAUAAAUGAACUUUAAAAGAAAAAAUAUUGUCUAGUUCCUUUAAAAUUACAAGAUAAUUAACAUGCUGAUAGUUUUGGAUGAUUUUUGCACAAUUUCCCUUGGAAACAAGUUGAGCGAGUAGGGUAGGUUUUUUGAUAAAGGUAGAUUGGAGGAUAGCAUUGUAUACCUGAAACUUCUUGGCUUGUUUGGCCCAUACCAUGGACUGUACUGUAUUAUUUUGGUAUGCUUAGAAAUAACCAACCAAUCAAAUUGCCAUUAAUGUUUGAAAAAUCAUUAACACACAUGUACAAAUAAUUUCCUAAAAGCUAUAGGGCACGUCCGUAGUCAACAAUAUGACAACACCAUUUACUACAAGGCAGGGUAGUCACAGUUCAUACCACAUCAAGGUAUAGUGACAUUUCCACUUUAACACUGAUACCUCAAAACUGCACUGGUAGCAGUUUUUAAUGGAUUGAAAUUUACAAUUUAGUAAAUGACUUAAUAUUACUUAUACUUAUUAAAUAAACUUUACCAAUUGACUAAAAUAAUGCAUGUUAACAGUUUGUCUAUAUUUACAUGUAAAAGUGGGCCACCAGAAAACCCUUAUUUAUUAUGCAAGUGUUUAAAUUAUUUUAAAGACUCUUGUUUAAGAGCUUUAAACAUUUAUAUAAGGUGAAUCUAUUUCAAGUCUCUACUCCAGAUAGUAGAGAGUUUGAAGGCCCAGGCUUGAGCCUUCAAACAACUUCCAAGGAAAGGUGCAAGGCAGAGGGAAUGGUAUUUGAUGUACCAGAGAUAGUGCGCUUUUUAAAAUAAUGACUAGUUCAGUGUUGUUAUAUAAAAUAAACAUAAGAAACUAAACCCCCAAAAUGAGAAUUUCAUCCACAUUCAUAAAGCAAAUAUCUAGCACUUGCUUUUUUCCUGGCUCUCAAAAUCUAAGUCUGUGAACAAAUCUUUGGCUUCAAUUCUUCAUUUAGGUUGAUUUGAGCAUUAUGUCACCUCUUAUCAGAGAUUUACAAUGUAAAUUCUUCAACAGCUUUGGUUUGCCACGUGUAUUAAAGGGAUCACAUGGAUGGUAUAUUUGCCUGAGAUAAUUUACAGAAAAUAGUGUAAGAAAAGGGCACAUGGCAUAGUUAAAAUUAUAGAAAUCAAAUUAGCAUCACUUUUUGUCGCCAAAAUAAUUUCUUAGAUUUAAUCAUUUCUUAUCCAUAACAUGUACCAAACACCUCAACUAAAUUAGGUAAUUCCAGAGUAAUUCAGUAAUAGUUUGUAGAGUAUGGGCUUACAAUCCCUAGCCUGACCUUAGGUCUAUCUUCCUCUUCUUACUACUGAAAUAACAUACCUGUACAGUGUUCCUCCUUGUCUUGGUUUCCAGCUAUUUGGCAUUUACUUCUGAUCUAACGACAACAAAAUUGUCAUCUAACUGGUCUCAGUUGGAGCCUGAGUGUCUUAGACCUCAUAUGUGCACCUGAGCAGUCCUCCCUGUGCACAUCCCUGAACGCUUACCCUGGUCCCUCCAUGCUCAAGCAUCUACCCAUUGCUUUUGUCCCAUACACCUUGCGAACUCACCCUGUUGGGAGAUCUCCGCUUUCUUCCCCAUGGCUUAACUUUCUAUCAAUGUCAGAGUAGAUAAAAAGGCUUGUAAAUACUGUAAUAUAUUUAUUAAUAUUUGAAAGGCAUUCAUUCAGUGGACAAUGGAAAUUAACUCUCCCAAGGCAAAUAAAAAUUAAAUCAAAUAAUUGCUAUGUAUAAUACAUUGACUUAAUAGUCUUACUUGAGUUCAAAUUUUAAGGCUUUCAAAUUAAACUAAGUUUGUUAUAUAGGAAUUUUUAAAAUCUUACAUUUGAAAAGAUUAUGUGAUUAGCACCGUGAACUCAUACCAUGGAUUUUUAAGGCUUUUAUUUUUCUAACUGUAUUAAUAAACAUAGGUAUGGAUUUUAGGUAUCACAUAAGGGACAUGAAAGUUUUAAAUUAUGUUGCUAUUUGCUAAAGCAAAAUAGCAGGAAAUUUUGUACAUGCAAAGCUAUUGAAAGGCCACAGAGAAAUGUGAAUAUUGACUGAACUUUAACCUUGCUUCCUGCAAGUAUAAAAGACAAAGUGUUGCUGGCAUGCAGGGUGGCAUGAUGGUACUAAAAGUUUUUCAUUAAAAUCUUUUACUUUAAAAUUUAGGGAAAAAUAAAAUGGUUUUCCAUCAUA